UUGACAGCCUCGGUCUGAAAUAUCCAACAUGGCAGAAAAAGGCAGGGGAGGGCCAAAAGUUUACUCAAACAAUUAGAAAAAGCAACUGACAUACAUUGAAAUUGCUUUUAUUUAAAUCAAAAUGAAUGCAGACGUUGAAAACCACAUUAGGCAAAAUCAUUCAUGGUCUAAACUUCCUGCCAACGUCAAACAGAUACUAGGAAAUUCACAGAAGGAAUAUGAAAAGGCAGUGGUGCAGUUUAGUGUAAACAAUCAACUGAGAUUUAAAACAAAUCUUGUAAAGACUAUAAGGAAGGAUAAUGAGAGGCGAUACUAUGAGGAGUUGUUACAAUACAGCCAGGAUCAUCUGAUGCUAUAUCCCUAUCAUCUAUCUGAUGUAGUUGUGAAGGGACUGAGAGUUACACCAUUUAUAUACUACAUCAACAUGAUGUCAGACAUAAUGUCACAGGAGAGAAGCUAUGACUCAUUACCAAACUUUACUGCCGCAGAUUGUCUUAGGUUAUUGGGGAUUGGUAGAAACCAAUACAUUGAUUUAAUGAAUCAGUGCAGAUCCUCUAAGAAAUUUUUUCGAAAGAAGCCUCCAAAAGAUUUACUCCCAACAAAACCUGUAGAAACAGUGGCUAUAGAUCCAUGGUGGAUGGCUAAUAUAGGAUUUAUAACAGAGGAUGAUAUCAGAUUAUGUUCAACAGCAGAGAAGAAUAUGAUAGAUAGGAUCAUUGACCUUGGUUCCCAACCAGCUGGAGAGCUCAACUAUAAAUUAUUACACAGUUUAUAUAGACGGGGACUUGUAUAUUUGGAUGUUCCUAUACAGGAUGAUGACUUUAUCAUAUUGCCACCGCUAGAGAACUUUGUGAUGAAUCGUGUAUUGGGGGAUUACUUUGAGACAUUACUGUAUAAAAUAUUUGUAUCUAUUGAUGAACAUACUACUGUUGCUGAGCUCUCUAAUGUGUUACAGAUUGAUUUACAACUUGUGAAGAUGGCAGUAUCUAUGUAUUGUCGACUUGGAUUUGCUAAGAAGAAAGGAUCAGAAGUUAACGAGGAGGAGUUACAUCCUUCGUGGAAAGAUUUUCGACCUCAAAAUAAAAAAGUAACACAAGAACAGUUGAUUAUAGAUUGGGGAGAUGCCCUGGCAGAUGUGAAUGAGAACCCACCCAGCCCUUCCUCUCUAACUAAACCUACUGUAGUUUCUGACCUAGUCAACUUAGAAUCAUCUAUGGAUACUGUUUCAAUUGGUGCUACUAAAAGAAUUGCAUUUCUGUUUGAUUCUACUUUAACUGCAUUUCUCAUGAUGGGAAAUUUAUCACCUGGCCUAAAGAGUCAUGCUGUAACAAUGUUUGAGGUGGGAAAGUUGAGUGAUGAGUCUUUAGACAGCUUUCUGUCUGAACUUGAAAAGGUUGGUUUUGAAGCUGAAGGAGAGGCUAGGAGAUAUUUUGUUCAUGCUCUGUUAUUGAGAGAUACCGUUAAAUUUCUCCGUUAUAACAAGAGCUUGUGUGCCGAGAAUGAAACUGGGUCAGCUGUUGACCUGAUAAGAUGUGAGAGUUUACUUAGUCUUGAUGCUUCCACAAGAUCCAGGGUGCUAAACAAAAAUUACAGUUUGCUUGUGUCUAUGGCACCACUGAGUUAUGAGAUUCAACCAGUAUCUAGUUGUACCCCACAACAUAUAGGACCUGCUAUACCAGAGGUAAACUCUGUAUGGUUCAAGUUGUAUAUGUACAGUCUAACAGGGUUUGGUCCACCCUCACUGUUACUUGUUAAAGGAAAAAAGUUACGAAGGAUACCAAAAAUAUUUCUGGAAUAUGAUCGCCUUCUGGUAACAACAUGGGGUCAUGACCCUGGUGUCAUAGCAACCAGCAACAUUUUACUGACCUUAAAUGAUGCCCUCUCACACUCUGCUGUCUUUGUGCAGGCACAUGGUUGGCAGUCAGAGGGUAGGACUGUACAUGUUCCAUUUCCUCUUGAAACUACUACAGGGAGUUUCGCAAAAAGUCAUUUUCACAAUCACUGUGCAAUACAAUCAUUAAAGAAAGAAUUAGACUUAGAACAUUUAUGUGGGUAUAUAACAUUGUUAAACACGGGACGGGAAUCAAGAACUAUAUUUAAACAUGAUGAGGAGGAAGAAGAAUUUAAUUUAAAUAUGAACAAUGCUAAUCCAUUCGGAAGCUUGUCGGGCAGUAUACAUUCCUCUGACAGUGGGAACAACCUUUUAGAUGAACCUUUAAACGGUUUAAAAGAUAAGACGUCUGCUGCUAUGCUAGCAUCAGAAAUUGAUUCAUUGGAACAGGAGAGUACUCAGAAGGGAGAUAACUCUGAUGUUCCAACAGAAAAACCACAGAGUUUAGAUCUCAAAGAGGAGACAGAGAGUUUGGUGGAGGAUGAAUGGUGUUUACUGGACUGUUAUUUUGGCAUUCCUCUUUUUGAACCAAACAUUAAUAAACAAAUAUGUGAUAAAGUGGUUUCCAAAGGAUUAUUUAACUCAAACAGCUUGGAGAAACUACUACAUUCCAGCAGGACAAUGUCCCUUAGAUUGUUAAACUUCAUUGCACAAUACCAGGAUAUUUUAAAUGUACCAGAUUUGGACCCUUCACAGAGAGAUCAGAAUGUGCCAUACCCCACCCAGUGUCUCAUCUUUAACAAUGGUGUUCUCAACAAGUGGGAAUGUUAAUUGUGCUGACAUCAGCAUUUUACAUACAAGCUAACUUUAUCACAGUUUUAACAUAUAACUAAGAUCUCUAUACAAAACGAGUUUUAAGUCUUUUUAUGAUACUGAUGGGUGUUAUAAACGUAUGCCAAAUUAUUUUUGAGAUAAUUUUAAAUUGGAAAAAAUCCCAUACAUGUAUUUUAAGAAAAAUGUCAAAGUUAGCUAAAAAUUUAAUGGACAUGAAUAUUCUGAUUAAUUUGACUAUGUCUCUAAAGUGUUGAUAAUCAUCUUUGUUUUAAAGAAAGCUACAAAUAAAUAGGGUUUGUCCUUCAUUACUGUAGUAUAUAGUUAAUCUGAAUGAUGCAGUACGUAAUUAAAUUAAAUUAAUUGAACUAAUACCCUUACAGCUGGGAGAUGCUGUUAUUUGAUGUUCACACUUCUUAAGAUAAUGUUCCAGUGCUUGUUUUAUUAUCUGGCGAUGACUAUUUUAACAUCAAAGUUGAAAGGAAACUUGAGUUACCGUAAUUGAUGAUUUAAAUUUUAUAAAUUAUAACAGUGUAAUUAGAAUUUAAACAGUUCCUGUGCAGGUGUCAUUAAUUUAUAAAGUUAGGAAAAUUAUGGUUGCUGUGCUAACUGUUCUAGUGCAAUAUAUCAACAUCAUUUAACUCUGACAUUACAAGCUGUUUAUAUGUUAUACUGUCUGUGUUUGUCUCUGAUGUAUCAACUUUCUUUUGUCACGGUACUGAUUUCAUUCUUUUUUAAUUCAUUAUUUUUUCUUAUUUUAUUACAUUUGUUACCAUUUCAAAACUUACAAAAAUGUAUUGCUCCUUAAAAUCGUGUUUUAGAUAUGUAAAUGAAAAAAAUAAUUAAACUUACUUUGUUAAGGACAAAUCAAAUGUUAGUGUAUAUACCAGUUGUAAGCAAUACAAACUGUUCACAAUAAAAAUUGUUGAAAUAAAGUUUUUUACAUCUGCUUUAUGUGCAAACCCCACAAGGGACAUGUGAAACAGUUUUAUGUAGGUAAACUAUCUGUCCAUCUGGAGGUGAUUGGUUUAUUCCGGAUUCUACUGGAAUACUUACUGUUUAUACUACUUUGAUGGUAUAUCUAUUGUGAAAUUAUUUAAAUGGUUUGCUACAGAAAUGUUUUUCAUUUGCAUAGUAAUAAAAUCCUUACUGCAUAAUUUAAAUUGUUGAUCUGAUAUUGAUAUUAUUGACAAAAAUAAUUUGAAAUCGGCCAUAAAUAGAAUGUUAAUGAAUCAGUUUUUAACUUUUUUAAUUUGAAAAGAGUGAUGUUUUAUCAUUAUAUAGUAUUAUUAAAAAGUGGACCAAUUAACACACACUAAUAAAAUGUAAACUAUGAAAUGAAUUGCUUAGAUCUUCUAAUCAUUUGUCAGUGAUAGUACAAGCAAUUGCUGAAGUAAUUAAGAUAUUUUUAGAUAUUUGAACAUUUGUAAAGUCUGACCAGACUCUACACUGUUGGCUGGUUGAUUCUAUCUUUUAUUUUAAUGCCUUUUUUUAAUCACACCUGAGCUUGCUUAGUGUGAGCUUUAAGUAUCUUUGAUUCUCUGUCCACAUAUGUCCAUUAACACUCUAGCGGUCACAUUUUUGUCUCAAUCAUCAUCAAACUAGGUCACAGAAGCUAAAAAUAGAAAAAUCUUGUUCACACUCAAGUGGCUACUGUUUUGAUCGAAAUAUCCUGGAAAUUUGUCUGAAAGUUUUUUUGAUGAUUUCUAGGUCAAGUUCGAAUAUGGGUCAUCUGGGGUCAAAAUUAGGUCACAAUGCUCAAAUAUGGAAAAACCUUGUUAACACUCUAGAGAUCACAUUUUUGACUCAACUGUCAUGAAACUUGGUCAGGAUGCUUGUCUAGGUAAUUGCUCGAAUGAGUUUGAUGGGUCAGAUGAGCGAUCUAGGGCCAUCUUGGCCCUCUUGUCUAAAGUAGGGAUCAUACUGUAAUGGAGUGAUACAUAUAUACAUCUUGUUGUCUUCUUGCCCGAUCAAUAUUUUAAUAAAGUCUUAGCUAGGUUUAAUGAAACUUGGCAGGGACAUUGCCAUUGGGCAGUUGAAUGUUUCCAAUGAUUUUUAGGUCAAAGAUCAUAGUGAUACUAAUUAAAAUCCUAGGGGCGUCCGUGGCCGAGUGGUUAAGGUCGUUUACUUCAAACCACUUGCCCCUCACCGCUGUGGGUUCGAAUCCCGACAGGGACUUUGGAUUCUUUCAUGUGAGGAAGCUAUCCAGCUAGCUUACGAAACAUCGGUGGUUCUACUCAGGUACCUGUUCGUGCCUGAAAUAAUGCACGGAAGGGCACCUGAGGUCUUCCUCCACCAGUAAAGCUGGAACGUCGCGAUAUGACCUAUACUGUGUCGAUGUGACAUAAAACCCCCCAAAAAAAAAAAAAUUAAAAUCCUUUUCCAAUCAACUACAUGAUAAGUUAUGAACUGUAGCUUAUGAGACUUGGUAGGAACAUUGCCCAUGGCCAGUAAGAUGACCCUUAUCGAUUUUAAGGUCAAAGGUCAAGUUCACAGUGACCUAUUAAAUCCUUGUCUUAUCAAUAAUUUGAAAAGGAUUAAGCCAGAGUUGUGAAUCUUUCAAGGAACUUUGCCCUUGACCUUUAAAUAUUCUGCUGGGACAAAUGAAGUGUGGGCAUUAGUGUCAUCUGGACAUAUUUUAGUUUUUAAAUGACCUGUUCCAAAACGGAAGCAAGUUCAUCAUUUAAGUUUAGCAUGGUUUAAUGAAUAUGGUGAGAUAUUGACCUUUCAACUGAGCUCAAGCAACAAAUAUAAGAUCCCCAUGUUAUAAACGUUAAUGUUUGGUCAGACUAAAUGCAAGACCACAAAAAGAAAUGUUUACAGUAAUGAUUUGUGUAUUAUUCCUUGAAAAGUUAAGUUUGUGUUAAUUUCCAGCCAUUAUUUAAAAUGUGACUUAUAAUUAUUUCAGUGGUGCUUAUGAUAUACUUCAUUGAAUUAUAAAGUACCUAAAAUAUAUAACAAUUUAUUUUUCUCUGUUAAUUUUGUUAAAGGUGAUGAAUUAUAGAUAAAAAAGAAAUACAAAUACUGGUUAGUGGAACAACUCUUUUAUGUUUCAUUAAUAUUUUGCUUUUAUUGUUAAUAAAUUUAUUAUAGAAUUUUACAUUCCAUUUUGUUGAUUCUGGAAGUGUGCUCCUUUUUAAUAAAGUUGUUGGGUUUUUUUAUGAGUGUGUAUAUGAAGAAUGUUUGUUCAACAUUUAUAUUGUUGCUUAUUUUCAUGUAUUUAUUGGUUAGUGUUUCGACAACAUGAUAUAUUUGAUUUUUUGAAUUUAUAGAAAAUAUGUCUGUUUAAUGUUAAUUUAAUACAGUGGUGGUCUCAGUUUUUGGUCAUAGUAACAAUAAUAUUAAGAUUGCUUAUGCUGCAAUAAACUUCUCCCUGAUUAAGGUUAACUUAUUAUCUAUUGAUUGUGUUGUUUGUCUUGUUAUGUUUUAAAGCCUGUUAAACAGUAUUUCAGUCAUAUAUUGGUAGGCAGGUACCUAACAAGGGUUCAAAGUUUUUUGUACCAACAUUGAAAUAAUGUUCUGCCAGUAACUGCCAACUUCUCAACAUGCAUGAUAUUUUAUAACAGUGAAGAAGGUCAGAUGGUGUCAGACAUAUUUUAUGUAACCAAAUUAUCUUGGUAUAAAACAUAAGAAUGUCAAUGAAGGAGACUUUUUAACUUGUUCAUGACUAGAAUUCACAAUCCUUAGAGUUAACAGUUAUAUAAACUUGAGUCAACCAGAUGGGUUUGAUGAAAUGAAACAGUUUAAACUUGGUUAUUGAUGAUUGGAUGUUUCUGUUUAAACUUUAGUGUUUGACUGUGUCAUUCUUGGUGUAGACAGUAUUGGAAAAAUGUCUUCCUAUAACUAGAUGGUUGGAAAAGCUUGCCAAAAUAGCUGAAAAUAUAAAUACAUUGUAAAUUGAAUAACUAUCUUGUUUUUUUGUUGUUUUUUUUUUCAAUUGAAGAAUCUUGCUUAAGCAUGCAGUUUUUGGUUUCAAAAUCUUACAUUAUAAAAUACAUGUACAUUGAAAUACACCUGAGAUCUUCUAGUCAUUGUUGAGUGUUCCUACAUUGAAGUAAUAUAAGUUAUAUUUCAUUUGCAUUGAGCUAUUUAUUUUUCCAAGAGAUGUUUUACUUACAUUAAUUUCUUCCUUGGAAUCAGAUGUUGUAAAUGUUAAAAAAUGUUUCAAUUAUAUCUUGCAUUUAGUAGUAAAUGGUUAUGGUAUUUGAUAUUUGGAAUAAAUAAUGAAAAUUUUAUACAUUAAAAUGAAAAAACACCUUAAUUUUGAAAAAAAGUUAAGAUAUGAUGAUUUUAUAUUUAUAUCCCUAAAUAUAUGUCAGGUCUUGAGUAAAUAUCACUGAUAUAAAAUGUAUAUUUUACUUGAUAUUUACAAUAUUCAGUUGCAGCUGUCUUUCUUCAUAUAUGGCCAUCUAAGAGGAUUUAGAUAAUUUAACAACUUUGUAGUAAAUAUUUUGUUUAUUUGUUACUAUAUAUUCAAAUAUUAAUAAAAACUGAUAAAUACAUA